CCGUGUGUUUGUUAAUCAUCUAUGAGGGUAUUCGACAGAUGAGUAAAUUAAUUAGAAGUGAGUUAGCAGAGUGAAGAAAUAACAGUGAACAUUUCAUUUACCUUACCUAUAAACUCUAAGGUGUAUAUAAUAUUUUUAUGUAAAGAAAAUCGUUAUCAUGACCAUUAUUAGUAUCAUAUUUUUGUGAAUUUUUUUUUUAAUGUUGACAAUCAUCUUCGAAAUCUAAAAAGAAACGACGACGACUACCUCAAAAACACUAAUACUGUGAUAACUUUUAUUCACUUAUCACAAAUUGAAUCAUUAUAAGUAUUGUUUCCAUUGUUUCUCAACAACAACAAAAAAACUGAUGUAAUAAUGAACCGAUUUCUUUGAACCACUUCACUGAUCAUUAUGAUGACGACAUUGUUAAAUAAUAUUAAAGAACCGUUACAUCAUAUACCAAAUCAACCAGUUAUGACGGUUACAUCGAAUUAUACCGAUUUAACUAUGCUAAAUACGAAAAUAACUACUAGUAACAACAAUAAUAAUAACAAUGGAAGUGAUAUUACUACUCAUAAUGGUAUAACAAGUAGUAGCAGCAGUGGUCAUUGCAGUGAUAAUAACGAUCUAAAUGUUGUUGAAUCACAUUUAUUACUGGACAACUGUGAUGAUGCGAUGUUAUCAUCAUGUAACAGUUCACUUAUAAUGGAUGAACAUGAAACUAACUCAGGCAAUAAUUCACCAAUGACCAAUGCAAGUGUUACCAUGGCAACUAAUGAGAAUAUUAUGACUAAUACUACCAACAACAACAACAACGCUAACACCAACACUAAGAAUAACAGUACACAUUCUAUAAUGCAUACAUCGCCAUCGUCGUCUUCGUCUCCAUCCUCAUCGUCAUCAUCAUCAUCAAUAUUGGAGCAUCAUCAAAUAUCUACCUUCAAGAAUAGAGAGUCAAAUGAUUUUCGUUGGAAUACGAAAAAUACAAAAUUAUUUGUUGGACAGAUACCAAGAAGUAUGCAAGAAAAUGAUUUACGAGUAAUAUUUGAAGAAUUUGGACCAAUUUAUGAUCUGUUAAUCUUAAGAGAUAAAAUUACUGGAAUGCAUAAAGGUUGUGCCUUCGUUACAUUUUGUCAUAGACAAUCAGCUUUAAAAUGUCAAGAUGCUUUACAUGGUAAACAGACGUUGCCUGGGAUGGCAAGACCAUUACAAGUAAAAACUGCUGAUAUGGAACGUCGUACAGAAGAACGUAAAUUAUUUGUUGGUAUGUUAAGUAAACAACAAAAUGAAGAGGAUGUCAGAUUAUUAUUUGAACCAUUUGGUACAAUUGAAGAGUGUACAAUACUUCGAGAUCAAAGUGGAAAUAGUAAAGGGUGUGCGUUUGUAAAAUUCUCUACGCAACAGGAAGCACAAUCCGCUAUUCUUACUCUACAUGGAAGUCAAACAAUGCCGGGAGCUUCAUCAAGUAUCGUUGUAAAAUUUGCCGAUAGUGAAAAAGAACGUCAUACAAGAAAAAUUCAACAAUUAAUUGGUCCAAUGGGUUUAUUGAGUCCAACCAUAGGACUGUCUCAACUAAAUGGUAAUAUGUAUUCUCAAAUGAUAGAGAAUAUGGCACAAACAACAGGUUAUAUAAAUCCAGUUGCUGCAUUGGCAUUACAACUUCAGCAUGCCAGUCAAUUAGCUACAGUCAACUUACCGACUAAUGUAACAAAUUUAGCAAUGAUUUCUGCUUUAACCAACGGUUCCAGUGGACAUUUAGGCUGUACUCCACUACUGCAUAGUCCACGUUCAGGUACUGUUAAUCUUUCGCCUAACUGUCAUACAAAUCCAAUGGCUGCGGCAGCAGCUGCCGCCGCUGUGCUUGGUAUGUCCGGCAAUAAUCCUCAGCUAACACAACUAUCACCCCAAAUGGCAGCUUUAUCCAAUGUAAACAGUACAUGUAUUUCUGGAGAGACAGGAAAUAAUAAUCCAAAUAAUAAUGGAAACUCUACAGCGACAGCGGCCGCCGCUGCACUCAGUACAAAUGCAGCAAUGGCUGCAGCCGCCGCAGCUGUAGUAGCUAUGGCAAAUGGGAAUGUGACAGGAAAUGUGAAUUCAAAUGGAACAACAUGUGGUUUGACAGGACAAGCAAUAGGCUUAGGAUCUCCCGGGACUGGUGGCCACACGUUAGCUCUACAUGGAGUUCCUGGGACACAUACACCGUCGGCAACUCUCAGUGGUCUUGGCGCUGUUUCUCUUCCUUUGAAUCAAGCAAUUUCAAAUACUUCUUUUGGCUUAAAUACAUUAACAUCUCCAUUAACUGGACUUCCUACUGAUGCACUUUCCCAUUUGUAUCCCAGUGUUCCAACUUAUGGAUUAUCUUAUCCUUCACCGGUCACAUCUGCUUUAAAUCCAUUCGCUACAAUGGCACAUCAAGCACUUACAAUGCCUAUACAACAGAAAGAAGGUACUAAAGAUCUAAUAUUAACAGGACCAGAGGGAUGCAAUCUUUUCAUAUACCACCUACCACAGGAAUUUGGCGAUCCGGAAUUGGCUCAGAUGUUUAUGCCAUUUGGAACAGUAAUCAGUGCUAAAGUAUAUGUUGAUCGUGCAACGAAUCAAAGUAAAUGUUUUGGUUUUGUUAGCUUUGAUAAUCCAACAAGUGCACAAACAGCUAUACAUGCAAUGAAUGGUUUUCAAAUUGGUAUGAAACGUCUUAAAGUUCAAUUGAAACGUCCAAAAAGUGAUUCUACAAAACCAUAUUGA